AUGUCCAACGCUACCACUCCGGGCACUGACCCGACGACGGCUCCCGUCGCGACUCCGGGCACUUCCGCUCCUCCCGCCGAGACGAGCGCGCCUCCCCCUGCCACCACCGCCCCGCCCGCCGAAACCACCCAACCGGCCCCCACGACUUCUGCCGCUCCCGCUCCCACGACCCAGCAGACCCAAGCCCCGGCUCCGACUACUCAGGCUCCAGCACCGACAACCUCCCAAGCACCAGCGCCUACCACCUCGCAGCAACAGAGCCAGGCCCCAACGACGCAAGCGGAGCCGACGACACAGCAACAGCAACAGACCACCCUCGUUGCGACCACAAUUGUCAUCACGCCCACAGAGGCAGGAGGCAAGACGAGUACUGUUUUUGCUGUCAUCACCCAGACUCAGGGCGUCACUCAAACCCCGACCACCGCCACCACCUCUGCCUCAUCCACUUCUUCCGGCGGCGCCAUCAACGCGGGCGGCAGCUCCAAAGGAGGUCUCAGCAACGGUGGCACCAUUGCUGUUGCCGUCGUGGUGCCCAUCGCCGCCGUCGCCCUGCUCAUCCUGGCUGGUUUGUACUUCUGGAGAAAGAGAAAGCAGCGCAAGGACGCCGAGGAGGAGCGUCGCAAGGAAGUCGAGGAUUAUGCCUACAACCCCAAUGCCGACCCCACAAUCCCGUCUAUGGGUGAUGGCGGUUCGUACGAGAUGAAGGAAGAUGCUGCUUCGUCUGGGUACCGUGGUUGGGGAUCUACCACCCUGGCCGGAUCCACCGGACGCAAGGCCUCGACGACCAUGUCUGGGGGCAACACAGGUGCGGCUUACUCAGACACGUCACCCAGUCGCGGAACUGACACCCGUUCAGGAGAACCCUUGAUCAACGACGGCUCGUACUCCCCCGAUGGCGAGAUUCUUGGCGCCAUGGGUCCUUCGGCGGCCUUGAACCGUGGCGUCGGUGUUCAGCGUGGUCCCUCCAACGCCUCGUCUUCGUACAGUGCCGGUAACCACUCGGACACCUCUGACGGCAUCGGUAUGGCCUACAGUGGCGGUACCAGCAACGGCAACGGCUACUACGACCAAUACGCCAACAACCCGUACUCUGAAGGCCCCUAUGAUCAACGAGCCACCGAACUUCCCGGCCAGCCCGUCAUCCGCGACAACCCAGCCCGGCGUAACACCCGCAUCGAGAACCCUUCCCACUAUCCCCAACAACAGAAUGCGGGCAUCUCACAGAACUUUUAG